AUGGGCAAGCUGCGCGCGCAGCCGCUGUCCCCGCCCAUCCGGGGGCGGGACCUACUCUUGCAGGGUGCGCGCGCAACUUUCUGUGCGCGGGUAUAUGGUCUCCAGUGGGAAGUUUUAAGUUACCUGACGGACCCUAGAGUCCGUUCUCUGGCCCCAGCCCUGGACCCUCCGGCACCGCAGACUACCCCAAUCCGGGGGUCUCGUACUCCAGGGCUCAGGAGGACUGAACCAGGACUUAACCGAAGUUGCCGCGGGGCCUUCCGAUCCCCUCGGCCAUCUCUCAAGUCUGGCCAGACUGGUGGGAUCAGCGAGGAGUCUCUGCACCUUGACAUUCAGAAACUGAAGGAGAAGAGCGACAUGCUGGAUAAGGAGAUCUCCCAGCUGGUUUCUGAAGGCUACAGUGUGGAUGAACUGGACGACCACAUCUCCCAGCUGCACGAGUACAACGACAUCAAGGAUGCAGGCCAGCUGCUGCUGGGCAGACUGGCCGUGAUCCGAGGUGUCACCACCAAAGAGCUGUAUCCAGAAUUUGGUUUGGACAUGAAUGACUGAGCAGAGGUUCACAGCCCUGUCCACGGCCCCACAGGGACAGGCACAUGUGGAUAGGGGAAGCAGAGACAGCCCAGCCAGCACACCUACAGGGUUUCCUGAAAGAAAAUGCCAGAAAGACUUAUGAAGAACUCACACUGAGUCCAGAGGGAACCGAGAGAAGAGGCGGGAAGGGUGGAAGGGGUGCUCCCAGCACUGUCCCAGGGAUCCCUGUGUGCUCUUUGUUAAUAAACAGGUGACAACUUCAGGGUAAA